AACGCUGCUCGUAGCUGGUCAGUCUGCCCCCAGCUCUCUUACCAUCAGGGUGGCUCCUCAGGCCCCAUGUGAUAGAUAAGAACACAAACAAUUAAAUUAUGCAACGAUGUUCGUGUUAGAGAGACUGGUGAAGUUAACACAAGCGAGGUGUGGCGUAUAUCAGUUGUUCGUCUCGUCAGAAGGCAAUUAUUGGGCUUCAAAAUGCAGGCAUAUUAAAACGUCACCAUUAUCAGACGCCAAGGCUAAACAUGGACCGUCUAGAAUUCAGUCACACCUUCCACAAAAGCAGCUACAACAACUUGUGAUGGCAGAUACACACUAUGUUCAAAAGCAAAAGCACGAAGUUCUACAACUAUUUCCCCAAGUUAAAUCAACUAUUAAGAACAUGUUCCAAAACCUCUCGAGUAACCUUAACCCAAUAUACAGGUGUGAACAAACUACAUCAGCAGUUGGAAGAGUCAAUCAUCAGUUAGUAUUUCAGUGUUCUUUCACAAUUAAUUGGCCUAAGCAUGUCACCUUUUAUGGCUAUGGGGUUAAUAAAAGUAAUGCAGAAUUGGCUGCCCUGGUAAAGGCUGCUGAAAUGCUUUACAAAGAUAAGUGCAUCGAUGAACAUGGUUACCCAAUAACAAUUUCGCAUGAAGAAAAAAAUAAAUUGCUUCAGAAAUUAAAUCUUCCCCCAUUGAUUUCAUUGCCUGCCUCCCUCGUAGAUGAAGGCUGCGACUUGUUAGAUGACUUUGAUAAGGUGGUGAGACCACUCAUGAGUCAAGAAGUCUUAAGUAUAUCUCAGUGUGUAUUACCACCUACCAAGGAAAAAUCGGAGAACGACAUUGGAUCUCGAGCACGUGGCCUCUUCGAGAAUGAUGAAGAAAUGGCUGCAGUGUCCUUAAGCUUGGAGGAAAACAAUAAUCUGAAUACAGUAGAUUUACUUACUGGUCGAGAGUUCUCUGGUAGCAGGGAUGAUUCGGAUUACCGUAACAGAGAACUUCAUCAAAAGCUCGUUAACAGACUGAGAAAUCAAAGUAUCAGAGAUAAGACUUCUCCGCCUCUUCCCAUGCUCAAUUACAGGGCGGAUUUGGAGAGAGCGCUAGAUGAGAAGAGAAUAGUGAUUGUUGCUGGUGACACUGGCUGUGGCAAGAGUACACAGGUUCCACAAAUGAUACUGGAUCAAUGGAUAAAAGAAGACAGAGGUUGCGAGUGCAAUAUUCUAAUUACACAACCCAGGCGCAUUUCUGCAAUAUCUUUGGCAAAACGAGUUGCAAAAGAAAGAGGUGAAAAGGUGGGUGACAGUGUUGGCUAUCAUGUACGUUUAGAAUACAAACGCCUUCGGAACCGGGGUGGCAUUAUGUUCUGCACAACAGGAAUGCUGCUUCAGAAUAUUCACUCCAACCCUAAUUUGGAUGGCAUAUCACAUGUUAUUUUGGAUGAAAUUCAUGAACGUUCAGUGCAGACAGAUCUAUUGUUAAUCGUAUUACGCCGCCUGCUGCUAAGUAAGAGUAAUUUAAGAUUAAUCCUAAUGAGUGCUUCCUUGAGCACAGAGCAGCUGCAGCAAUAUUUUGGUAAAGCUGAGACCACAUUGCUAGAGGUUCCUGGCACACUGUAUCCCCUCACUAGACACUACCUUCCUCAUGCCUUAGACACACUCAAGAUUGACUCUAGACGCUAUAAUAUACAAGCUCUCUUGGAACCCGAAACUCGUCCUAUGGUCAAUGUUGACCUUGUGGUUGAUGUCAUUCGGAGAAUAGAAAUAUCACGACCUCCGGGAGCUAUUCUCUGUUUUCUUCCUGGAUGGCAGGAUAUCUCUCUAAUUCAAACCAGACUUCUAGAAGAUGAACAUUUAAAGAAAAAACUGUGUGUAUUGCCUCUUCACUCUCGCCUCGGCUCGCAAGAUCAAGAGAUGAUAUUUGAAGACCCGCCUGAAGGAAAGAGAAAAGUGGUACUCGCUACCAAUCUGGCCGAAACCAGUUUGACAAUAAAUGAUGUUGUAUUCGUGGUUGACACUGGGUUUCAUAAGGAAUAUAGAUACAACAGUAAGAAAGACUUGACUGUACUUGGAAAUCAUUGGAUAUCUCGGGCAAAUAGUCAGCAGCGGGCUGGUAGGGCUGGGAGAGUUCAGCCUGGUGAGGUCUUUCAUCUUUACUCCACUCGUAUUCACCAAGAAAUGAGUCAAUUUCCAGUUCCAGAAAUCAUGAGAAUUCCUCUGGAGCAUGUCAUUCUUCAGUGUAAGUCUCAUUGUGGAGACGAAAGUGUGUUGAGUUUCCUCUCCGAAGGGCUCAGUAUUCCCUCACGUAGAUUGAUCAGUUCAGCCAUCAACACACUAAAGAAGUUGGAUAUGCUAAAAUCGGAUGAUCAGAAAUGUACUGAAACUCUUACUGCACUCGGACAUCGUGUAGUAAAUUUCUCGACUCCACCUCCUCUGUCUAAAGCUCUUGUUUAUGCAUCAAUUUUCAGGUGCUUGGAUGCAGUUCUUACUAUUUCUGCUGUUCUGACUAGUGGACGUGGUAUCUUUCACAACAGUAUAGAGUUGCGGGCAAAAAUAAGGGAAACUAAAUUUAAAUUUGACUCUACCAGUGAUCUUCUAGCAAUGUUGGAACUCUUUAAAGAUUGGAAUGAACAGAAAUAUUAUAAUGACAAGCUCUUCUUUUGCAAUGAUCAUAAUCUCAGUCAUAGAUCUCUACUCUUUAAUCAAGGCAUAAAACAAGUUUAUGGUAACCAUUUAUAUGAUGGGUUAUUAUUAGAUGAAGAAGAUAUUUCAUCGAAGUAUUCUUCAUGGAAUGUCAAUUGCCACAACAGACAGCUUGUACUGGGUGUGCUGCUUGCAGGAAUUGGACGCGUGUUGCACAUUCAACGAGGCAUCUUCUCAAAGGGCAUCCUAAACUCUGACUCUAUCAUCAUUAAGACUGAUGAAGGUGAACGCAUAGAAACUGGAAGUGAAUGUGUUCUUCAUCAAAUUCCAAGGGAUAGAUCUGUUUUUUCAAGUCAUCUCCUGUGUGCUAAUCUAAGUAGAGAUGAUUUAUCAAGAAGGACACUGGCACGUGACCUCUCAGUAUUACAUCCUCUUUGCAUUGCAUUGUUUGGUGGUCACUUGCUUACAUUGGAGGAAUCUGAAAGUGGAUGUUUGAUUAUCAUUGAUGGAAAAGAAAAAUUGACUUUUCAGGUUGACAAAAGGACUGGCAUGUUUAUAUGCAAGCUCCGGUAUGUAGUGGAUGAAGUGGUGGAAUAUAUAAUCGAGACACGAGGUCUUGGUGCAUCUCCAUCACAAGUAAACAAGUUCUGUGAUGACCUUAUACAGUAUGUGAGUUAUCUAAUAGAAAAUAGUGAAUCAACCACUAUGAAAAAAUCUUUGGACAUUCCUCUUACAUGAAUGCAUCAGUGUAAUAACACUAUAAUUUUGUACAUUAAAAAUGGUCUUAAUAUUGUACAUAGAGAAAAUCUACAGGAGCCGUGAUGAGGAUUCAGACCUAUGUGCUGGGUAUUCCCAGACACACUAGACGACUAGGUCACGACAUGGUCAAGAGACUUGCAAUCUGGGAUCCUGCUGAACCCAUGAAGAUUCCCGAGGCUGCUUCUGAAAUCGAACCAGUGUUUCACACAAUUUCCCCUGUGCACUCCUGCUCUGUCAUCUAUGAAUUCCACCUCUGGCAACCCUAAUAUCUACCCCUGACAGUGUAAUUUCUGUGUAUUGAAAGAGGGGUGUCAGAGGUAGAAUUAUUCCUAGAUGACAGAGCAAGAGUGCACAGGGGGGGGGGCAUCGUGUGAAACCCUGGGGAAUCCUCAUGGGUUCAGCAGGAUCUCGGGUCCAUUCUUUUGUCCAUGUCAUGGUCUAUUGUGUGUAUGGGAAAACCCAGUGCAUAGGUUUGAAUCCUCAUCAUGCCUCCUGUGGGUUUUCUCAUUUAUAUAUCACAUUGUCAUUUCUCAGUGUACUGUACAUAAAGGUAAAAUAAAAUACUAUAAACAA